AUGGCCGAUGGUACCUACAGGUUCCAGCAGCCUGGGGCCGGGCCGUUUCCUUUUCAAUCACAACACUCACAUCAACGACACAAUUUACCAAACGGGACCAAUUCUCCGGUUCGAUUAAAGCUAAACCACGACACACCCUCCCCCUCCCGAUCCCCCCCUGUCAAUCAAUCAACCGCCACUCCUUUCAACAUGUACCAAGGACAACACAUGGUGAUGAAUGGGGCUCAGGCUCAUCAUCAGCACCAGCACCAGCACCAGCAACAACAGCAGCGCUAUGCGGGCAUUGGUGGGAUGCCAAUCUCUAAAUUCCAAUCGCACCACACUCAACAACAGAUUCACGCCUCCCACUCUCAAGCAACACACACCUUCACCCAACAGAACUAUUCCGCUGGCGUUUUGCCCACAUCGAGUGCUCAAUUCAAUCAGAACCACCUUCAAAAUGGCGGCCAAACAGUCGCCGAUGACGAUAUGGAGGGACCAAUGAGCGAACAUUGGCAACAGCAGCUCCAGCUGUACCAGGAGUCGAGACAGUCCAAUUCUCCUCAUUACUAUGCCCGGGUCAUGGCACAGCAAGCCAAGGGGAUUUCGCUCAUCGCCAGCCAGACAGAUUCGAGUGAGGCCACGGGCGAUAAGCCGGGAUCAACACAAGGAUGGAAUGCGCUUGAUUUUGGUGGACAGGGCUUGCGUGCAAUGGCCCCGUCAUUGUUUGGGUAUGGCUUUCUCGAAAAGUUAUACCUUAACCACAACAAGCUUAAGGCAAUCCCUGCGGCAAUUGGUGAAUUGCGCAAACUGACCCAUCUCGAUGUUUCCGGCAAUGAGUUAACAGAGCUCCCCGAAGAGAUUGGCAUGUUGACCAAUCUCAAGAAGCUAUUUCUCUUUGACAAUCACAUUCGCACCCUCCCUUACGAGAUGGGUUACCUCUACCGUUUGGAGACGUUGGGCAUUGAAGGCAACCCUUUGAACGAUGUCUUGAAGUCUCAAAUUAUGAAAGAUGGGACUAAAGCUCUUAUCAAAUAUCUUAGGGAACAGAUGCCUGUACACUUGCCUCCCCCAGAUCGUGACUGGGUUAUUCUCGACGAAACUGCGAGUUCCAACAACAGCCCCGCUGAGAAAAUCACUGUUCUAUCCUAUAACACCCUCUGCGACUCCUCCGCCACCGCUUCUCACUACGGCUACGUUCCUUCACGCAUUCUUUCCUGGGAGUUCCGUCGCGAACUCAUCCUUGAAGAACUCAAGUCUCACAGUUCGGACAUUGUCUGUCUUCAGGAGGUGGAUCAAGGCAGCUACAACAACUUCUUCCGGGAGCAACUUGCUUACAGUGGAUACAAAGGCGUUUUCUGGCCCCGAGGGCGUGCUAUGGGGAUGCAAGAAGAAGACGCGAAAGCCAUCGAUGGUUGCGCCACUUUCUUCAAGGGAAGCAAGUACAUUCUCUUGGAUAAACAUUUAAUCAACUUCGGUCAAACCGCCGUUCGUCGGCCCGACGCCAAGGGCCAAGACGAUAUCUACAAUCGACUUUGGCAGAAGGACCACAUUGCAGUUGUUGUUUUCCUCGAGAACCGACAGACUGGAGCCCGAUUUAUGGUGGUGAAUUCUCACCUCUACUGGGAUCCGGCUUUCAAGGACGUUAAGCUCAUUCAGACUGCCAUUCUCAUGGAGGAACUCACCAAGCUAUCUGACAAAUACGCCAAGAUGCCUGCCUGUGCAGACAAGACCGCAUUCCGCUUUUCUGAGGCGGAAAGCGGAACUGAGAACGCGCCAAUUGUGGAGCCUGCUCCGUCAAAGGAAUACUCCAGCGGGGAUCAAAUCCCGCUUCUGAUGUGUGGUGAUUUCAACUCAUCCCCUGGGUCUGCGGCAUACACCGUGAUUGCGACCGGACGACUUGAUGAAGAUCACCCGGAGCUCAAGAACCGUCUUUAUGGAAACUUGAGCACAGUCGGAAUGUCACAUCCAUUCCAACUUAAGUCCGCCUACGAAUCUAUCGGGGAACUGAGUUUCACAAACUACACGCCGGAUUUCAAGGACAUCCUCGAUUAUGUGUGGUUCUCAUCCAACACGCUUCGCGUGUCCGCCUUACUUGGCGAGGUUGACAAGGAGUACCUCCGUCGGGUUCCAGGAUUCCCCAACUUCCAUUUCCCUAGUGAUCACGUUGCAUUGUUCGCGGAGUUUACCCUUAAAGGGAAGAAAGGAAAGGUUGUAGAAGCGGACUUUGGGCCGCAACGACACUGA